AUGUCUGUAUUAUUCCUACAUCCGGAUUUGGGCAUUGGUGGGGCUGAGCGCGCGAUUGUUGAUGCAGCAAUGGCUGCAAAGCACGCUGGAUACGACGUCGAAAUUGUUACGAAUUUUCAUGAUAUUAAUCAUGCUUUCGAAGAGACGGUAGAUGGCUCUCUCAAAGUUACUCCAGUUUGUCAAUGGCUACCGAGAAGUGUGAUGGGUCAUUUCUUAGCAUUGUGCGCCUACAUGAAAAUGAUUCUAGCCUCUGUUUGGAUCGUAUUCGCUCGUCGAAGACUGGUUGAUUUGGUAUUUGUGGAUCAGGUGUCUGCUCCCCUGCUUGUACUGAAGUUAGCCGGUAUCAAAACAAUAUUCUUCGGUCACUUCCCCGAUUUACUACUGUCGUCUCAUGAUUCCUGGAUUCGAAAAGUUUACAGGUAUCCACUAGACCUUUUUGAAGAGUUUUCAACUGGCAUGGCUGAUACACUAGUUGUCAACAGUCACUUCACUGGUGCCACCUUUAAGCAAACGUUUUCUUCGCUUAAAAACCAUAAAGUAUAUGUAUUGUAUCCCGUUCCAAACACCGAUAACUUGGUAUUACCUCGCGAGGUUUGUGAAGUGUCAAAUACACCUUACCAACCCCCGAAUGCAAAGGCGGCCCUUCAGAGCCUUCAAGAUGUCUUAGGCGUUCGUCCUAAAUUAAUGUUUUUGUCAAUAAAUCGUUAUGAAAGGAAAAAGAAUAUCCGACUCGCCUUUGAGUCAUUUGCUAUUUUAAAAGGAAAUUGGUCAAAAUUGGUAAAGGAUUCACCCUUGUCUCCCUCCGAUGUUUAUAUUGUUCAUGCCGGUGGGUAUGACGUACGGGUUCGUGAAAAUGUGGAGUAUUUCGAUGAACUGAAACAGUUGUUGGAGGAUUUGAAGAUUUCGGAACAGGCUGUGCUGCUGCGAUCCGUACCAUCUGGCACCAAAUCCCUGUUGAUUGCGGCGAGCUCAGCCUUAAUUUAUACCCCUGCCUUCGAGCACUUCGGCAUUGUGCCAAUUGAGGCCAUGUACCUCGGUCGGCCUGUCAUUGCCAUGGAUGCUGGGGGUCCACGUGAGACUCUCGUUCACUGCGAAACCGGGUUUCUUUGUCCCAUCCCCAGCAGCGGUACUUUUGACAAUGUGGAAACCGCCUCCCAGAUUGCUGAAUACAUGUGCAAAUUUAUCAAUGAUCCAGAACUUACAACGACGAUGGGGAAACACUGUCAUGCACAUGUUUUGCAGAAAUUCUCCACAAAAGCUUUCCAAAAGAAACUUUGUCGUAUUUUCAAGCACACGCUCUCUGAUUAUAGCUACACUUUGAAGUUGGCCGGCCAACUUUCCAUGAUAUCUACUGGUGGUGUUGGAAAAUUGAUACUUUAA